CUCAGCAGCACUGGAGACUUCAGCCUGAAGGAUCAGCUCAGGUCCUCUUGCCUCAUGGAUUACACCCUGGAGCCCAAUGUCACGAUGACUGACUACUAUCCUGACUCCCUCACAAUCCCCUGUGACACGGAACUCAUCCUCAGAGACAGCACAUUGCACCUGACCAUCAUCUACUGCAUCCUGUUCAUACUGGGUCUUCUGGGAAACGGCCUGGUGAUCCUGGUGCUCGUAGCCUGCAAGAAGCUGAGGAGCAUUACAGACAUCUACCUCUUGAACCUGGCCAUUUCUGACCUGCUCUUUGUCUUCUCGUUCCCCUUUCAGACCUACUAUCUGUUGGACCAGUGGGUGUUUGGGACUGCCAUGUGCAAACUGGUCUCUGGCUUUUAUUACAUCGGCUUCUUUAGCAACAUGUUCUUCAUCACCCUCAUGAGUGUGGACAGGUAUCUGGCUAUCGUCCACGCUGUGUAUGCCAUGCACGUGAGGACGUGCAGAGUGGGCGCAGCCCUGAGCCUGGCAGUGUGGCUGACCGCCAUCACAGCUACCCUCCCAUUGUUGGUAUUUUACCAAGUGGCCUCGGAAGAUGGUGUCCUCCAGUGUUUCUCAUUUUAUGAUCAGCAGUCUUUGAAGUGGAAGAUCUUUACCCACUUUGAAGUAAACAUCCUAGGCCUGUUGCUCCCAUUUGCCAUCCUUUUGUUCUGUUAUGUCAGAAUCCUGCAGCAGCUGAAGAGCUGCCAGAACCACAACAGGACCAGGGCCAUUAAGUUGGUGCUCGUGGUUGUUGUUGCGUCUUUACUCUUCUGGGUCCCAUUCAACGUGGUCCUCUUCCUCACAUCCCUACACGACAUGAGUGUCUUAGAUGGGUGUGCUAUGAGCCAGAGGCUGGUUCUGGCCACCCAUGUCACAGAAAUCAUUUCUUUUACUCACUGCUGCGUGAACCCUGUUAUUUAUGCUUUCAUGGGUGAGAAGUUCAAGAAACAUCUCGUAGACAUAUUUCAAAAGAGCCGCAGUCACAUCUUCUUCUACUUAGGAAGUAAGAUGCCUGUGGAGAGCUGGGAAAGACACUCGUCUUUACAGCAGCGCUCUUCUCGGUCCUCCAGCAUGGAUUACGUUUUGUAA